CAUCCCGCCGCCGAACUUCACCUCAUCAUCUUGCGUUGCACGCAUUAUCAACCCACCACCUUAUUGAGCCAUGGACGACAUAGAUUCCUUUACGGAAGAUGAACAUGCCAUGCGCCAGUUCAUGCCAUCAUCAUUUGGGAAACAAGAUGCUUCUGUAGAUGUCGAGGCGCAAAUCCAGCGCUGUCGCAGGGCCACUGUGGACGAGCGGAAGCAGGCUAUCACGAGCAAGAAGCAAUCGGACGAUGAGGAAGACGAUGACGAUGACGACAGUAGCGAGGGCGAGGAUGAGGAUGAGUUCCCCGUUUCGCAUGAGUUACUCAUCAAAACGCACGACAAGGCUAUUACCUCAAUGACCCUCGACCCAUCCGGUACGCGGCUUGUAACUGGUUCCACGGACUCGACUAUCAAGCUCCAUGACCUGUCUGCUAUGACUCCGACCACGAUCCGAGCCUUCAAGACUGUCGAUCCCCAUGCCGCAAAGUCUUCUGCUGUGAACUCAGAGACACACCCGGUACACCAGGUUCUCUUCAGCCCUCAUUCCGGCAGCCAAUUACUCGUUAUCACAGCGUUUCCGCAAGCACGAAUACUUAGCAGAGAUGGUGAGUUGGUCAAGGAGUUCAAGAAAGGAGAUAUGUAUUUGCGGGACAUGCAUAAUACCAAAGGCCAUAUAUCAGAGAUCACGAGCGGUGCAUGGCACCCUACUAAUUGGGACCUGUUUGUUACGGCCGGCACAGAUAGCACGCUGAGGAUAUGGAACGUCAAUAAUAGUAUGGAGCAGAAGGAGGUCAUUGUGCAUAAGUCGAGGUCGGCAGGAUCAGCUGGCCGGACCAGGAUGACAGCUGUUGCGUGGGGCUCUCCUAUUCAGGGCGGGAAUAACAUUCUUGUUGGUGCUGCUCUAGAUGGUAGUUUGGUUAUGUGGAAUGGAGAUGGCCCGUAUCAUCGGCCAGCUGCCGAGAUCCGCGAUGCGCAUGUGAAGGAUGCCUGGACCAGCGGUCUAGAUAUCAGCGCAGAUGGUCGACUUGUUAUCACCCGCGGAGGGGACGACACCAUCAAGCUAUGGGACACGCGGAAAUUCAAGACUCCUAUAACAACUGUCACCCACGCAUCAACCUCAUCUCAAUACCCAACAUCUAACAUCCGCUUCUCCCCCAACUCCUCGAACGUCAUCACCGGCUCCGAAACUGGACACCUUCACAUCCUCAACCCAGCAACUCUCCGCCCCGAACUCGUUACCCCCGUGACCCCCGGCUCACCUUUGAUAACCGUAAACUGGCACCCCAAACUCAACCAAAUCUUCACGGGCUCCGCUAACGGCCAAACGACCAUCCUCUUCAACCCCAAAAUUUCGCACAACGGCGCUCUCACCAUCCUCAGCAAAGCCCCCAAAAAGCGGCAUCUGGACGACGACCCCAACUUCACCACCUCGCUCGACCCUCUCGGCAUGGCCGGUGACGCAACUGCUCCCGGCGGCAUGCCUGGCGCUCAAGCCAACACAUUCUCAUCACGACAUCCAACCAUUGGACUCACGGCGUCGGGGAAGUCUAGGGACCCCAGAAGACCACACCUACCAGCCACAACGCCUUUUGCGAAGAACACGCCAGAUCAGAAUUAUGUGAAGGAAAGUAUUCCGCAUAGUAGUAUGCGUGAUGAGGAUCCGGUAGAGGCAUUGAAGAAGUAUGCGACGAAGGACAAGUUGUUUACGAAGGCGUGGGAAGAGAAUCAACCAAAGCCUAUUUACAAAGAUUAUGAUAGUGAGGAUGAGGAGGCGAGGCAUGCUGAUAAGAAGGUCAAGAGGUGAGAUGGUAAUGCAAUCCAUUUCGUCCAUCUCCCCUGUGAG